AUGAGGGCUCUUCUACCCCUCAUACUGAUCUCAUUAGCUGCUCUGAUUCCUGUUUCAAAUGGAUAUUCAAAAUAUACAGAUCCCAUUCAAAUCAUGAAACCCGAUGAGAACGGUGUGUACGCCUACGAUAUGCUGGUCGCCAAGAAGUUAACAAUGUCCUACAAUAACGAUAAUCCGGCGAAACACGCGACACCUGUCGACUAUCAUUAUGAAGCGCAAAAUUGGACAAAACGAGACCCGAAUCAGCUGGUGGAUUGUUUCGCGAGUUACGAGUUCAACCCUCACUCAAGUCCAAUCGAUGAGAACGCAAUGACGGAUGUACUGGUGGCCGAUGGGUUGCACAAGAGGGUUAUCACGAUUAAUGGGGAUAUGCCUGGCGCCCCGAUCGUGGUCCCCUACAUGUCAGAAGUGUGGAUUCGUGUCACCAAUGCGAUUCUGAUGGACUCGAUGACAAUCCACGUACACGGAAUCGACAAACACGGAAUGUGGUUCAUGGAUGGAGUGGCGUUCGUCCAACAGUGCCCAAUUCAGAGUACCAAUCGAUUCGAAUAUCGAUUUAUUGCUGAUAAUAAGGGAACUCAUUGGUAUCACGGACACAUGCAGACAGAUAGAGGAGAUGGAAUUGCUGGCGGCUUCAUCGUUAUCGAUGAAAACGACAGGACGGUACCAACACUCGAUGACCGUCAGCGUAUUACUCCAUCCCGUGAAUAUUUCAUCCUGUUGCAGGACUGGGCGACAAAAGUGGGUGAGGAGGCGUGGAUGCAGUUGGAGGAUAAGACAAUGAAAUGGAUGUACGGAUACGAUGACUUCACUAAAUGUUGGGAGCCGACGAGAACUUCUGAUGGAGGAAACGUCGGUGGCGCCGUGCCGAUAUCUGCAAUCCUUCUGAAUAACAAGGGAUGGUAUGACCAUGAAAUUGUGAAGACACAACCAUUCAACUUGCCGUUGGACCGGUUCAAGAUUAAUGCCACCGAAGACAUCCUGUUCCGUAUAGUCAAUGGAGGUGUUGCUCAGGAGCUCAUGCUCUACGUAGAGGGUCAUCAAAUGACCGUAGUCGCCGCGGACGGCGAUGAAGUGGUGCCGAUGAAUGUCGACCGCCUCAUAGUGUUCCCCGGCGAGCGGUACGACAUCCUUAUCAAGGGACUGGCCACGCCCACUAAAAAAAGCUACCGUAUCCAGGUGGAGACUAUUCAGAGAUACUUUUUCGACUGGAAAGAGAUUCCGAUUGUUUAUGGAUUCGGAUUCAUUGAAUAUCAGGUGGAUGGAUUGACGGAGGAUAAGACUGCGCCCAAUUUGAUGCACCCGGAAUGCACGGCAAUCAAUAAAUGCAAGGUUCUUAAUUGCCCGUUCCAAAAAUGGACGGCCCAACCGAAUUUCACAUGUAUCUCCUAUGACACUUUGGAGAAUCCGUAUCCCGAGAAAAUUGAGAAGGAAAUUUUGCAGGCGGAAGCGUUUAAUGGGGGCUUUGAGGAGCACUUCAUCAACAUGCACCACGACUCUCAAAUGGAUCAAUUCUUAUUCCAGUUCCCAUGGGGGAUACCGUACUACCAUCAGGAUGAUAUGUCAACGAUUUCGAGGGCAUGCGAAGACACCGCAUGUGCCAACAACUCGUCCUCCGAUCUCGACACCACAUGCCGUUGCUUCUACAAUCUGGAGCACAAACUCAACAACAUUGUCCAAAUAACUCUCUACAAUAUGGGUCUCGGCGGGGCGAUGGGCACCGGUUACGCCCAUCCGUUCCAUCUACACGGUCAUCACUUUUACGUGAUGAAAGUGGGAUGGCCGACGUACAAUGAGACAGGAUUCAUUGAUCAAAUGAAUCAGGAUAUCGAUUGUGAUGGACCCGAUGUGAGUUGUAAUGGGAAGAAGUGGAGGAAGAAGGAGUGGUUGGGCGGAGCGUUGGAGGGAAUGAAUGUGAAGAAUCCGACGAAGAGGGAUACGAUCACGUUGCCGGUUGGAGGAUAUAUCACUAUAAGAUUCCGUGCGACAAACCCCGGCUGGUGGUUCGCCCAUUGUCACCUGGAACUCCAUCUGAUGGGCGGUACCGGGUACGCGUACAGAGUGGGUAACCACAAUGAGAUCUACAUGCCGCCUGACAACUUCCCCAAGGAUUGUGGCGUGUUUAAAAUUUAUGUUUUUGAGUUUAUGGAUGGUGUUGGUUAUUAA